CCUGCCUGCCAGUUGUGGUGUGUAAGCCAAGCUUUUACACACACACACAUACAUACAUAGAUACGUACAAAGAUCCGCAGGCUCUCACACACAACAGUGCAUCUCAGAUUUUUCCCUGGCGCUGCUGCAAGCAGAGUAGCACGCUUCACCGCCUAGCACAAGUUAUCUUCAACCCGGGACCGGCACUUUAAAACUUGCAUCGAUUGUGCUUUAUGCUCCUGUUCGGAUUAAAAAAAUAUUUUCUGUCUUCUUCUUUUCUGCGGGUCUUGGACACUUACAGAUACAAAACAGAUUACACCACGAACGCGAACGCUCUAAUAAGGAUUGUGGUUCCACCAGAAGAUCUUGAAAGUCGACUAAAAAUUUGGGACCUCAAGUACUGAUUUUCCUUAAUGGAUUUAUAGCUGUUUCUUUGGUUACUUUUUUCAUUUAUUUAAUGGAAGUGACGGAAAGAAAUUUGUUGUAAUAGUCGUUCUUCAAAGCAGUCAGCGAAUCAGUAAUCUUUAUCGGUUUUUAAGACACUUUCGAGUGCAACUGGACUGACAGAAGAAGAGAACCUCAAAGAUUCUCAUCCAAACUGGUCCCUGUGUGGAGCAUCACUCUGGCUGGAAAGGGUGUGCGUCCACUGGGAGGAGCAAGUAGUGGCCACUAGCUUAAAGCAUGAGUCCAGAGGAUGCCUAAGGCUGGACAGGGCUCUAGCAGUCGGCUUCUGUCUUUUAUCGCAUCCAGAGGAAUGAUUACCUUGUGGUAUACCAUCUGCUUCUCCUUAGUGACUGUGAACAGCAUACCUGCAGCCCGACUACCUGCAGCCCAGCCAUUCGAAAGAACAAGCAGCAGAACAGAUUCUCCUUCAAGUGAUGCAGCAUUCGAGAAGAUAGACCUAGGAAGUGGUGACAAUCUUGAUCUGUCCUGCAACUCACAGGGCUCUCUUCUGCCUGUUGUCUGGUAUAAGGAUGGUGUUGGUGUAAUACCAAGCAACAGAACACAAAUAGGACAGAGGCAUCUAAAAAUUAUUAACGUCUCAUUUGAAGACUCUGGUCUAUACAGCUGCAGACUGACUCUGAGCAAUGAGAUCUUGAAGAAUUUUACAGUCAAAGUGGCAGAUUCAUUAUCUUCAGGCGAUGAUGAGGACGAUGAUGAUGAUGAAGAAUCAGAAGACGCAGAAGCACCCCAUUGGACACGCCCAGAACGAAUGGAGAAGAGGUUGCAUGCUGUGCCUGCUGCUAGCACAGUCCGUUUUCGUUGCCAGGCAGCCGGGAAUCCCAAUCCCACUAUUCAGUGGCUAAAAAAUGGCAAGGAGUUCCGAGGGGAGCAUCGACUUGGAGGCAUCAAGCUGAGGCAUCAACAGUGGAGCCUAGUAAUGGAGAGUGUGGUCCCAUCAGACAGAGGCAACUAUACUUGUGUUGUGGAGAACAAGUAUGGCCAUAUCAGUCACACAUAUCAACUGGAUGUCUUGGAGAGGUCACCUCACAGGCCUAUCCUCUAUGCAGGGCUACCUGCAAACCAGACAGUCUUUUUGGGUAGCAAUGUGGAAUUUCACUGCAAAGUGUACAGUGAUGCCCAGCCACACAUUCAGUGGCUUAAACACAUUGAAGUCAACGGUAGCAAGACUGGUCCUGAUGGAGCCCCCUAUGUCACUGUCCUCAAGUCCUGGAUAAGUAAAAAUGCUGAAGCUGAUGCUAAACUAACUCUGUACAAUGUAACAGAGCAAGAUGGGGGAGAAUAUCUCUGUAGAGCCUCCAAUUUCAUAGGCUCGGCUGAAAAGCCCUUCUGGCUUCAAAUUCACAACCCUAAACCAGCAGAAGAGGUUGUGAAGGAGGAUGUCUCAGGCUCGCUUUAUGCCGAAAUUCUAAUUUAUGUUACGGGUUGUGUGCUUUUCAUCUUCACCAUUGUGAUCGUCAUUCUUUGCCGAAUGAAGAUGUCAACCAAGAAAACUCUCAACACCCCUCCAGUCCAAAAGCUCUCCAAGUUCCCACUCAAGAGACAGGUAACAGUGUCUUUGGAAUCUAAUUCAUCAAUGAACUCUAACACCCCACUGGUCAGAAUUGCUCGCCUCUCAUCUAGUGAUGGGCCAGUGUUGGCAAAUGUGUCUGAAUUGGAGUUGCCAGCGGAUCCCAAGUGGGAAUUUCCACGCACAAGAUUGACUCUGGGAAAGCCUCUAGGGGAAGGUUGCUUUGGCCAGGUAGUCAUGGCAGAAGCAAUUGGAAUUGACAAAGACAAACCAAAUAAGCCCAUGACGGUUGCUGUGAAGAUGCUGAAAGAUGAUGCAACAGAUAAAGACCUUUCGGAUCUGGUUUCUGAAAUGGAAAUGAUGAAAAUGAUUGGAAAGCACAAGAACAUUAUUAAUCUGUUGGGUGCUUGCACUCAAGAUGGUCCGCUCUAUGUUUUGGUGGAAUAUGCAUCCAAAGGCAACUUACGGGAAUAUUUAAGAGCACGUCGGCCACCUGGGAUGGACUAUUCUUUUGAUACAUGCAAAAUACCAGAUGAGCAGCUCACAUUCAAAGACUUGGUAUCUUGUGCUUACCAGGUGGCUAGAGGAAUGGAGUAUCUUGCAUCCCAAAAGUGUAUUCAUAGAGACCUGGCAGCUAGAAAUGUUCUUGUCACUGAAGAUAAUGUCAUGAAGAUUGCAGAUUUUGGCCUAGCAAGGGAUGUCCACAAUAUUGACUACUACAAAAAAACAACUAAUGGUCGGCUGCCUGUGAAAUGGAUGGCCCCAGAAGCCCUAUUUGACCGGGUUUAUACUCACCAAAGUGAUGUCUGGUCCUAUGGUGUCUUAUUGUGGGAGAUCUUCACCCUGGGGGGCUCCCCAUACCCCGGAAUCCCUGUUGAAGAGUUAUUUAAGCUUUUGAAAGAAGGCCAUCGGAUGGACAAGCCUGCAAACUGCACUCAUGAAUUAUACAUGAUAAUGAGAGAGUGCUGGCAUGCAGUUCCUUCUCAAAGGCCAACCUUCAAGCAGCUAGUAGAAGACCAUGACCGUGUGCUGUCCAUGACUUCAACUGAUGAGUAUCUUGAUUUGUCUGUGCCAUUUGAGCAGUAUUCACCAACGGGUCAGGACACAAACAGUACUUGUUCUUCAGGAGAUGACUCUGUGUUUGCCCAUGACCCUUUGCCAGAUGAACCUUGUCUUCCAAAACAUCUUCAUUGCAAUGGUGUCCUUCGGACAUGAACAACUGGGCCUUUCAACAGAGUAAAAAAUUCCAAAAUUUGGGCCUGGAGCCCUAAAUGAAUAUAAACAAACGAGAAAAGUAGUCAAAGGAAGAAAAAUAUGAGCCUUACAUUUUUCUUAAAUACUGUAUAAGUCAGGAAGCACUGUUCAAGUUAAACUGAUCAUUUUAUCUUUUUCCAUGAUAUAUUUUUUUCAAAAAUUGAGGGCUUUUGUUACUUUUCUAAGUAAUACUUACAGAGAACAUGGCUUUUUCUGAUGGAAUUGCCAUGUGAAGCAACAGUGUUAGAGCAACACCAACAUCGUGCCUGCAGAAAUGCAGAAAAUGGCAGAGGCAAUAUGAGACAUCAAUAAUAAGCAAGUGAAAUUCUGUAAAGAAUGUGGAGCCACAGAAGACCUUCAUCAAAAGAAGUAACUAACUUUUUGGGAAAAGAUGUCUGCAUUGGGAUUUCAAGUGUAGAUGACAAACUACAAUAGUCCCAGGAUGGAUGGUCUAUGUUCCUUUGGGAAAAGAAGCAGAAAAAAGGUGGUGUAGACUACAACUUUAGCUAUUGUGCUCCCAUUGCAUCAGAUUUGCAAUUGACUUCUUGUUGAGAAUCUAUAUCAGAAGAAUGUCAAAACACAUCUAUAAUAUUGCUUAAAACAGCAAAUAAAUAAUCCUUUUGGUCCUGAAGAGCGUAAAAUGUCCAGACAGCAAAAACACUUAAUGGAGUGUUGUGUCUGUGAAGGACUGUACUGACCUGUGGAAACAUGGGUUUAAAAUCACGCAUGGGUGGAAAUGUCAUGUCUUGACAUUCACAUGCUUUCACUCUCUGAUGCACUUCCAUGAAUAUUCCACGAAUAUUCCAUGUUUUAUGAGAAAAAAAGUGUAUAUAUAUAUAUAUAUAUAUAUAUAUAUAUAUAUAUAUAUAUAUAUAUAUAUAUAUAUGUAUGUAUGUAUUUCUUAGACAAACACACCUGAUGAUUCAAGGAUACGGAAUACCUUAAUCUAAAUAUUUGAAAGAAACUCUUCUUUUGGGCCCUGGAAAUUCAUUUCUAAAUAAAAAUUAAUAAUAAAAAAGAAUACAUAGAAACACACACUGCUAUACAGUCAUUUAAGUAUUUUCUUUUACAUAUUUUAUUCUACCUGGGAUGCUAGUUCAUUAUACCAUAAAGGCAUACAAAUCAUCCAUCUCAACAAUCCAAUUUAGAGACACAAACUCACCAAACAGCACAUCUUUCAAAUGUAAAGUAAAAUCGGCGUGUCUGCAGAAAGUCAGUGCCAACACAACGAAAUAAAAUCCUGGAGGUAAACCUGGGAUUUAAUCACUGUCUUACAGUAAUAUUACUCCUUCCAGUAUCAUGCUAUCCGCAUUCAUGUCUUGGAAUUGGCUGGUCUAUAAAAGGAAAUUUCAGUAUCCAAACUGAAUUAAAGGCAUCAUUAAAGCUUAAAUCUAAUUUUUAAAAAAUAUUUCAAAUGAUUAGUUAAUUAUGCGCAACCAGUCAACAGUGUAAAAUGUAGUUUAGCUACAACUAUGACAUAUUUACAAUUCUGUGAAGAUGAUGAAUUAAGUUUUAAAAUUAUGCAAUAAAUACACAUGCAGAAAACUCUGUUUAUGUAGGACAUAUUUGGAAGGCGGAACAAUGGUCACAACCAAAUCGAAAUGUCUAAACUAAACAAUCUCAUCAAAAAUGCUCCCUAUCAAUCACAAUUUGAAUACUAAUAUGCCCAAAGCUAUAGACAGCAAUCCAUCUGUCUUUAGAGUACCACUUUUUUGCUUUUAGCCAAUACUUGAAAUCAUUCCAGCAAAUAUUUUUUGUAUGACACUCUUAUCGAAAAUGUUCCCAUGAUGGUUGUUCUCCCCAUUGGCUUCUCCUCCUACUUUAGCCCUGUACGGUCCUAUGAAAAUAUUUGUACUAUAUACCUUUAAGUGUUUUUGAGGCUUAAUUUUUAACAAACUAAGAUAACAAAAUAUCACCUAACAGGCAUAACCAGUACAACAAGACACACUGAAACCUUUUUACUUUUCACUAUUCCUCUGCAGCCUCCAGCCAUUGAUAACUACAUAUAAUUUUGAAGAAUUUAAUUUGUGUUUAAGUUGGACUUGCAUGACAUUACUGUUGGCAUAUUGUGAUAUAAGUAGCCGCCAAUGUUAAGUGCCAUCCCAGGAAGAGCUGCUUUUAUAUUUUCUUUUCUGUAAUCCAUUUUACAUUUAAACUUGUUUCAUGUUUUAAGAAGAUAUUCAGUAUCAAACUGUCUUCUGCUAACUUUUACACUUAAUAUGAUUUAAAUGUCGGUGCUCUGAUGCUGCUGCCUUUUAAUUUAUAUUGAAAAGGUUUAUAUUGUAAAUAUAUGAUAAAUAUAUAUAUAUAUGUACACACAUGAAAAUUUGUAUGAUAUGCGGGAAAUCAUCAUAUGCGCAAAAUAUUGCCUUUUUUGGUUAAAAACAUUGCAAUCUAGGAUAUAUUGAUGUAGUUAUAGGCCAUCUUUGAAAUAUACAAAAAAGGAUUUCUAUUUGAGUAAUUAACAUGUAUAUUUGUAUAGUUAUUUAUAGACUUGUUAACAUAAAUGUUUAUAAAGUUAGCAUUUAAUGUUGUCACACUUAACAAUUUAAUUGAGAAACUUUUUUAACUUAUUAACAUUUUUUUGCUGUUAUUUUGUCAAACCCCUUGAAUAUUGUUUACAGGUAAAAGAAUGUAAAUGUACCCAUUGUGUUUUGUUUUAUCCUGGAUUGCAGUGAAUAGUCAUCUUAUUUUUUUGUUUUGUUUUGUUUUUUGGUUUCUGCAAUGCAACAGCAGUGGUUAAAUCUGUUAUCUUAAAAAAAAAGAAAAACCCUCAUAUAUCCAACCUUAAUACCAAGGGUGUUAAAAUAUUAACAAGCACUAUAAAUGGUCAGUAAAUUUAAAUGAUCAGUCUUACAGUUUAACCACUGCUCUACAGUGUUUCUUUUGUACAUGAAGGCAAGACUUUGCAGUUCGCUUUUAAGGAAGUACACUGCAGAGCAAAUUUAGUGACUCAGAAUGGUGCAUGUGUAUUUAAAUAUAUUUUGUAUGAACUUGCCAUUACAUUCAAUAUAACAUGUUAAUGCAGACAAAAGAUACCAAUAGAUACAUGACUUAUAAACAGUCAGUAUAACGUGCCAUAGAUUUAAAAGAUUCUAACACUUUUAUCAGUUUAUAAUUACACCAGACUAAACCUGCAAACAACCAGCACAGUGAAACCAACUUCUAGCAAGGUUGCAUUUUUAUAGCUUACUUUUUUAAUAGUCCCAAUGUCUUCCUGGAAAUGUUCAGCUGUGGUCACAUCAGUCAAACCAAACUGCAUAUUUUAAAGUACAGUAAAAAUAAUUACAUUCCAAAUACUAAAUUAUAAAGGCGUUAACUUUUUACCAAAGUAUGUAGAAAAGUUGUUUAAAAAAAUUGGAAACAGGUUGCUUUUUACAACCCACCUUCUGUGAAUCAAAAGUCAAGGCUUUGCAUAAUGGAUGAAAAUACUGAGCCAGGCAGACUUAAUCCUAUUAAGACAGUCUAGAAUUGUAUUUAUAUAAGAGCAUCCUUAGGUAAAGUAUAGUGUGGAGACCGGCAAACAAUAACUUUUAAAGUUCACUUUAAUAAAGUAUAUUAUCUAUACUCUAUUAACAUAUAGUAUAUAACAUACAUGUUGCCUCAGUGGCAUAGUGGUUAGCACUUCUGCCUCACAACUCUAGAUUACUAAGUUUAAAUCUUGGACCAUCAGAAUCUGUGUAGAGUUUGCAUACUCUUAAUGUGCUACAUGGGUGUUCUUCAAGAAUUCAAGUCCCAUUCCACAUCCCAAGAAUAUGUGUUACCGCUUUCGUCUGCUUUGAUCAAGCCCAUUAUAAAUUAAUAUGCCCUAUAGUGGACAGGUAUCUCCUUGAUGGAAGUCGCCUAGGUGUACUUGAGAAACAGCAGGGAUAUAUAACAGCUCUGCACAACAUUAUUCUGGCGAACAAAACCUCAGAAAAUGGAAAGUUGUAGAUACAACAUAUACACUUAGUUACCAAGGUGUGGUAUCAAAAAGAACCACCUCAUGGUCAACACAAACAUACAACAUGCAGUGUCUUUUCUGUUUUAUUAGAGUUGGAUCUUUUGAAAUUUGGUUGCCAGGAGUAGUUUCUCUCUUUCAGCUACAACACCAAAAGAAAACGUCUGUCUCUCCUAUUUCCUUAUACAUGCUUUUUUAAGGUAACCUUUCUUGUUUGGGCCUACUCCCACAUAUCUAUGCAGUGAAGUUCUCAAGCCCCUGUCCACUGGAGGCAGAGAGAGCCAUGACUAUCUAGCGUCUGUUUGUUAUAUCUAAUAUUAAUGCUGUAUCUCUCCAUCCAUUGUCUGAACUUGCUUGCUCUACACUGAAUUAAUUUGUAGGCCUUCUCAUAAUAAUCUAGUAAAUCAUGUAAAGAAUGCAAACAGUGCAUAUGCAUGUUGACAGAAUACACUCAGAUACCAUUUGUAAAUCGAUUAUUUUUUUCUAUUUACAAUCCUAUGGAUGGAGCUGGACAUUAAUUAAAGAAAUCUGAUUGGGAGUAGUGCAGGAGUUAGAUAUUUAUUAAGAAGAAUAUAUUCUAGUUUGUAAGGGUCUGCUAAUUUUUUUAAAAUAUAAGACCUUUGACAGUCAAAUACUACAGUUAAAAGCACUUUCCUGUAUUUAUCUAUGGUAAAAGGGACAGUUUUUAUUAGGCACCUGUCCUUUAUUUGUUUUUCAGACUCAGUCAAUUUUAUUUCUGCUAUGGAAGAUAAAGUGUUAUCUUUAUUGUUUGUAUUUUAAAUACUGUGUUGUGUUGUCAAUGUAGUUCACAUGUGUAUUCCUGUUGUAUAGCACACCAGAAACUGACUGGGAGGAGAAUCAAUGAAUAAGCAAAUUUCUAAAAUCAAAUUUUUGGAACACAUUUCCUUCUUCAGUCAUUUUCAUGGUGAGCCGUAACAUGCAACACUUUUGUAAUACCAUAAUAUUAAAGUCAUGAGCAUUUUCUGUUGUUUGUGAGAGUAGCAGAAUUAUUCUGCACAUUACAGUUCAGCUGGUGAGAGGUCUAUUCUGGCAGUUUCAGGCUAAAGGAAGGAAACAGCCAUGGGCAAAGUGAUAGACCAUUUCAAGGCAUACCGUUACUACAAAGCAGUCUAGAGUGUCUAGUUAAUUUAAUCUACACAAGAAAACUGGACUGCCGGAGAAAAACCCUUGAAUACAUUGAGAGAGCAUGCUAACUUACACAGGAAGUGUGUUGUUAAGCAGCAGUGCUAGCCACAGCACCAUCCUGACAUAGAUCAAACAACAACCCCAAAAUACUUAAUUUAAGUCAAAGGUAAUUUGAACAGUUCUAGGCUUCACUGUGGAAUAUUUAAGUUAAAAAAAAGCUAAAAACUCAUGCUUUCCCUAUGGUGAAAGCACUUUAUUUGCCUGUAUCAUUAUUAUUAUUUUUAGGAAUUCUAACAACAGGCAUUCAUUUUGGAAAUAUUCAAUUCACAAUGUCCAUUCAAUUCCACGUUUGCUGUCAGUCCAGAACCUGGCAAAUGUUUUACACAAUACAGCUGUCAAGGGAUGCAGGUAACCAUAAGCCUUCACUGUUCAUGUUAUUUUAAAGAAGAAUGCUAACGUGAUCACAGCAGAAGGAUCAGAUCGCUUGUGCACCCUGAUAUUUUUUUUCCCUGUGGUCAGAUGUGUAUAUUAGCAAUACUGGAUGGCAAUCUCCAUCUUCUCUUUCCACACAUGCUCCCUGCCUUUCUUCUUCUGUCUCAGAGUGUUUUAUUAGUGCCAUUAAGCUCUUCCUACAUAGAAAGAUAUUAAUUUAUAGUUUGAAAUUUCUUAAUUGUUUCUUUUACAUAGUGUAGAUUUUAUAUAGCUGUGUGAUUUGUUUUGUACAAUUAUAGAAGAAAAGAUUUUCUUUACAGUAUUUUCUUAUAAAAUCCAACAAAAUGUGUACAUUCCACAUAUCUGAUACAUUUAUUUUUGUUUCAAUGUAAAAAAGAAAUAGCACCAAUUGUGCACAUUUUUGUUUUGAAAAGUUAAACUAGAUAUAUAUAUAUAUAUAUAUAAUUUAUUGUGUUUUUUUCCACUUUUUUAAUUAUAUGUUGUAGAAUAAAAAGCUUAACAUUUUGUAUUCCAGUGCUUUGAUAGUUUUCAGGUCUGCUUAAUAUUUCUACAAAAUGACUUUUCA